UCGCAUCGCGUCUCGAGACUCGAGAGUAGUCACCGGCGAUCGCCUCAUCUUCACGCUCUUCUCAUUUGUCUCUUCAGCCGCGAGUCUUUCCCUCGCGAGUUCCCACUCGCUCGAAGAGGAGGAGUGCGAUCUCGCCUGCCGCGCCGGCCGGAGGAGAGGAGCGCUCUCGCUCUCUGGACGCGGCCCAAGUCGCUUAUCCAAUGAAUUACAAAAUCGCGAGGUUUCUGGGAAAACUUCCGGAUCACGGCGAGUGUGUGUUCGCGUUAUUACGGGCACUCUUGGCUCGUCGUCUCAUUAUCGCGACCCGCGAGACGCGAUCACCGCCGUCAGAAAAGACUCUCGCGUUACGGCGCGUCGGCGGCCGUUAAGGGAUAACAUCUGAGUGAACGCCUGAAAACACAGAGCGUUCACUCAGAUGUUACCCAUUAAUAGGGCGAACCGAAAUUCCGAUCUCCGACCGACCACGACGUCGCGCUCGUCGAGAGUGUAACGACAGUGUACCUAUACGGCACCCGCAGGUAGGCCCUGCCAGGAGGAUGGGGGCCCACGAUGGGGGAGUGCCACUGCUCUAACAUCACUAUCAUGCAGCUGUUCCACGAGCUGAAGCAGCAGUUCCCCGCGCUCCCUGAUCACGUCGUCUCCCAGUGCAUCGCCCAGAACAGUCACGACCGGGAGACAUGUGCGAGAAGCCUGCGGGCCACCCAGGAGUCCCGUCCGUCACCGGGCGCCUUCCCGCCGCCGGCCCCUUGCACCGGGAUACAGCAGCCAGCGCAACCGCAAUCUCAGCAGCAGCAGCAGCAGCAGCAGCAGCAGCGAGCAGCAGCGGAGCAGCAACGCGCGGCGCAGCAGCGUUGCUGCGCGAUGAACCAAGUGCAGCGCGGCACCGUCGGCGUCAGCAACAACGUCGUCGUCGGGCGUCCCCAUCGGCCGGCCUCUUUGGACAUCGGCAUGACGCGCCGGUGCUCCGCUGUCGGCUGCAGCCGUGCAGCCGCCGCGACGGCGGCGGCGACGGCGGCGGCGGCGGCGGCAGCGGCGGCGGCGAGCGGCGUCGUCGGCACCCCGACGUCUGCGCCGGCGGCCUGCACGUCGCGCGGCUUCUUCGACGACUGCACCGUCAAUAGCGUUGGCAACGCCAACAGCAACGCUACCCCCGGCUUCGAGCUCAACGUCAACGUCGCCUGCAGCCCCGCGGGUAAUCGCGAUUUUCGAACGGUACCGACGAUCGGUGCCUGUAAACGAAGCGACCUCGUCGUCGUGCCACGGCCUCAUUACGCUGAACCUCUGCUAGCCGUCGGGAAGACCGGCGCGCAAAUCGAUCACACGCGAAGCUACACGUCGGUCAGCUUGACCCUUAGGCCUCCCUCUUCCGAGCCGCAGGCGCCGAUCGAUAUCAGGUCGGAAGGAUCGAGUCUGACUUACUCGACCUCGUCCUUGGAUCCGCGCGGCUUUCAGAGCCGCCUGCAGAUCAGCAUCGGCCCCGGGAACGUCGGCAGCGUGGCGGCGGCGAGGAUCAGACCGCCCAUAGUCCCGAAUCGGCCCGCCGACCCGGUCAGACCCAACAGUCUGAUACCGCCGACUCAGACGAGUCCACAGCGGCCGCCCGGACUGCCGCCAGGACCCCCGAGCCAGCUGCCGAGGCCCACGACGACGAUGAGCGCGCCGACUACGCCCUCCGUCCCGUCGACAACGAAUAUCGUCCAGACCUGCAGUCUCCCGACGACGCCUUCCGGAGCCGCGAUGAGCGGUGCCUCCUCCUUGCAGCAGCCGCCUCCCUCCAGCUCCGCGGAGAAGCACACGCAGACCGCCUCCGAUCAGAGAUUAUCGCCGUCGAGUCAAGUGGCGGAACACCAAAGGGCAUUGGUGGAGGAGCAACUGAUCAGGAAAGAGAAACUUGCCAAGGAGCUGAGGAACGAGAAGGGCCGACUGGAAGUGAUGAGGAAAGAGCUGCAGACGCUCGCCAGACCGCAGGAUCCUUCGAUAUCUCAAGAGCUGAAGAGAAAGCUGAAGAGCGAGAUAUAUCAGCUGCAGAUCGAAUGCGACCGACUCGCCGAUGAGGUAGAUCAAUGGUCGGACACACGAGUACCAUUGGGCGAGACUAACGAGGAGUUCUAUCAAGGCAUUUAUACCGGCCAGCCGUUGCCGACGAGAGUUCCAACGAGCUCGAACCCGCCACCACCUUUGCCGAGUCAACCGCCAGCUUGGAUGCGGGAGAGUCGCUCGACGACGAUCGCGCAGCACGACAACGAUCGGGAGGAACGAGACGGGCCGUCUUGGGUCUGCACCAUGUGCACUUUCGACAACCAUCCGUUGAUGAACAAAUGCGAGGAGUGUGACAUGCCGAGGUUGUUGGACAACGGAAAUGCAGGUAUGCAGCGGCGCGUGGCAUCGCCGCCGCCGCCGCCGCCGUCGAGGGCGAAAGUCGCGUCGACCACGUCGUCAUCGUUGGCGGCUGCUAACACGAGUGCGAAUUGGAGACCCUUGCUACCGGAAGAGUAACUCCGUCAUCGUCCUCGUCAUCAUCUAAUAGCAUGCUGUUUUGUGAUGUGUCCUGCAGGUGUGAUAUUCGUUGCGCGAACAGACAGAAUACGAUGCAAAUUGCGUCAGUUGAUCGGAGCGUGCGAUAAAAAACACUCGAAUGAAAGUGUCUUAGUUUCGCCUGUAGUUUCAAGAGACUUUAAGCGAGUGAAAGAAAAAAGAAAGAGAUAAUGGUCACGUUCAGCGGAGAAAACUGCUCCGCUACCACUCAGUAGCAAAUGUUCAUGAUUGGAGAAUUCUUUUAAAUCUUUGGCAGAUCCGAACAGACGUACCAAUCAGAGACAUUUGCUACGGAAAGGUAGCGGAACAGUUUUUUCCGCUGAACGCGACCAAUGUGUGUGUGUUUUGUUGUUAUAAUCGAGUUAGAAUAAGAAUUGUACUUAAUGAUAGUUGACCACCUUUUUAACAAUAAAAGAAAGCAUAAUACGGGAGAGCUGACGCCUCUGCUCUCACUUGUUAAAGAUGCGUGUGCAUUUGUUAA